GAAAUUCUAUCUUUUCUACCAUCUUGGUGCGUGAUUCCGGCGCUUCGAAGUGCAGUCAAAUUGUUUUUUUAUAUAUUAAUUAAAUUACUUUGAUAAAUAUUUAUUAAUAAAUUUUAAAAAUUAACCAUGGCCAUAGAAGAAUUGAAUACACCAAAAGGUUUAAAAAAUUUGGAUACUUAUCUCUCAGAGCGUAGCUACAUUGAAGGGUGGCAAGCAUCUCAAGCGGAUGUAGCAGUUUAUGAAGCUCUUCAAAAAGCUCCACCAGCUUCGAACCCUCACGCACUAAGAUGGUAUAACCACAUCAAAUCUUACGAACUGAAAAAACUUCCUGGAGUAAAAAAAAUACCAGCUGCAAUUGGUGGUGAUAGUGCCGCGGCAGCUCCAGCGGCUAAACCCGCCGAUGACGAAGAUGAAGACUUAUUCGCAUCAGAUGAUGAGGAUGAUGCAGAGGCAGCGAGAAUCCGAGAAGAAAGAUUAAAAGCCUACGCUGAAAAGAAAUCGAAAAAACCAGCUCUUAUUGCUAAAUCAAGUGUUGUCCUUGACGUAAAACCGUGGGACGAUGAAACCGAUAUGCAGGAGAUCGAAAAGAAUGUAAGAUCUAUAGUUAUGGAUGGUCUUGUAUGGGGAGCAUCUAAAUUGGUACCAGUUUGCCAUGGGAUCAAUAAACUGCAAAUUAUGUGCGUUGUUGAGGAUGAAAAAGUAUCUAUUGAUCAUCUCGUUGAAUUAAUUCAAGAAUUUGAAGAAUAUGUUCAAUCUGUAGAUAUCGCAGCCUUCAAUAAGAUCUAAAUGAGUUUUAAUGUUCAUUCAUAAACAAAUACAUAUUCAUUGUUUUUAAA